AAGCAGAUCACUUUUAUUUCUUCUGAAAUUAUGAAUCAGUUCGUUCACUUUAUAAACAGUUAUUCGUUUAUUUGUUACGAAUCACAGUUAACACCUUUGAAAUUGAGAUCCUUCGCUUACAUUGAAAGCAGUGAUGAACUAUCUAAUGAAUUGCACCUAAAUGAAUGCAUAAUGCGAUGGCGUCUAUUCAGGUACAAGUUGACAAACGAUCGCUUAUUGAAUGCCGAACAUAAGAUUCGUUCAUGGAUAUGUCAGACGAUUGUACGUCCGCUUGUCAAAAACAUCACUUCAUUCAAUGAACUACUGAACAAGGUGAAAUAUCAGAAUCUUCAUCUUAAAAUUGGUCGCUCAUCGGUAGAAUCACUUCAGUCAGCGCUCUCAUCGAAAGGUGACCUUAUCGGCACGGUAUUACCCUAUCUUAUACCCUACCUAAAAGUUCACGAGAAACAAGCUUACAUCGUGAAACGUGCUAGCGAACUGAGUUUGGAUAUGUUCAUGAAAGAAUUCAAGUGGCAAAGUGGUGGAAGUGAACCGAAUGGAAAGAGCAGUGAAGGUUCGAGCAGUUACGCUCCUGCAGGUAUGCCAUGGGGUGAGUAUUUACCGACUGAUUCUCAGCUGAUUUGGUAUUGGUUGUGCACGUAUCUUGAUGCAAGAAUGGAAACGAACCCAAUGGCAGCAAAUCUGAAUGCGCCGUUUUCAUCAGUCUAUUUCUUAAAUAAGUUCGACAAGCCAUCAACCCUUCAGUCACAUAAAGACGCAUUCUAUGUGCAUCAGACGUCCAUAAAUCCACCACACUUCGAAUUGGUUGUCGAUGGAGGUCGCGAACGAUUCGAUGUGGGCAAAGGAUCGAAAAAUCUCUGGCGAACGAUUCUGUUGUUCCUUCAGCACAUCAGAUUAUUCAAUAACAAUCACAUUGAUCAUUUGUCAAUCGGACAGAACGGCAUCAAUUUAAGUUGCGUUCUUGACGAUUGA